UGAGGUAAGUGAUUUUCCCCAUUGUGUCUGUGACGGUGACACUUGUCGUGUAUCUCGUGUCGGUGUCUCUGUCACUCUGUCCUUAGUCCUCCCCGGCCGUGUCUCCUCCUCCCGUGGCUCCGGUUUAAAUAGUCUGCAGGCAGCAUUUCCUCUCCCCAGUUCCACCAGUACAGCCAGCAGCAGCCAGGUGCUGGGAUCAGGGCUCAGUCGUCAGGAUGUGAGCGGGACAAACAGCAGCCUCCCCGGGGUACCCGCUGCAGAUACACCAUGCGCUACAAACCUGCGAGGGGUACUGGCUUUGGCCUCGCUGAAGAAAGGCCUGGUUAUUUGUUCUGCCUUCCAGAUCACGGUCCAUUGAGAACCCCAGUGCAUGGCAGUCUGCUUCUUCCUCUGACUUCUGCCAAGCUGGACUCCUCCGCACAACGUGAGGAGGCAGCCAGAACCACACUUGCGUACCCGGCCGACAACCACCUGUCUGCCGCCAACCCUGCCUCCCAGGACAAUGAGGUGCCAAGAAAGUCGGCUGACAGGGGCGCUACCCUCCGAGAUGCUUCUACAAUCACAGAUGUGUGCACCAGCGGAGAUGUGCCGGAAGUGGAGAUCAUUAGCCUUCUCCGGGAGCAGCUCCCUCGCUACACCCUGCGCGCGGACACCAUGUUCGGCUACGAGCACGACGACUGGCUGCACACGCCGCUCUUGCCCGCUGACCUGUCCCUCCGGCUCACCCCUGAGCAGAUAGACGAGACUCUCAAAUAUUUCCUCCUGUGUUCCGAGCGAGUGGGCAGAGUGACCAAGACUUAUCGGGACAUAGACGCCGUCACCAGUCUGCUGGAAGAAAAAGAGCGUGACUUGGAGCUUGCCGCUCGCAUCGGCCAAUCUUUGCUAAAACAGAACCAAGAGCUGACAAAGAAGAAUGGGUUUCUGGAAGAACAGCUGGAGGCUGCCAAAGAGGAGAUCUGUCAGCUCCGUCAUGAAGUGUCAAUGCGAGAAGACCUUCUCCACAUCUACGCCGACGCCACGGAGAGCGAGCCUUUGACCGGUGCCACCACCCCGCUACGUCGGAACGGCUCUUCAUUCUGUCUUCAGCACAACAUCCAGCUGGAUGUCCUGCAGCAGAAACUGAAGACUUUGGAAGAUGACAACGAGAAGAUGCGCAAUGAGGCCAACCACAUUCUUGAUGUUACCAAUGAAUACGAAGAUCAAGAGGGUUCCUUGAUGCUGGAUUGUGUGGAGCAGUUCUCCGAGGCCAGCAGACAGGCGGCCCUGUUGGCAGAGGAACUGGCUCGAAGGGGUGAAGACUCCAUGCGGCAGCAGGAAGAGAUCAGCCAACUCCUGGCUCAGAUCGUACAUCUACAGCAGAAAUGCAGAAACUGCUCCACAGAUAACGAAGAGCUUCAGCAACAUCUGGCCGCUGUGAAGGAGCGGGAGCAACAGCUAAAGGCUGAGCUGGUGGAUCUGCAGGAGAAACACAAGGAGUGCCAGGACAUGCUCCAUGAGGCCCAGGAAGAGCUGAAGAACCAGCGGAAUCGUAGCCUUCCCAACAGCAUCAUCAGCAGAUACAGCACCCUGAACAUCUUCCCACUGGAUUCAUUAGCUGCUGAGAUCGAAGGAACGAUGAGAAAGGGGAUUGAUGCCUCCUCAGAACUCAGGAGCUACAAGCGAGUGUUUGAGACGGUGAAAGCUGCUAAUCAAGCUGUGAGGGCCAAAUCCCGCUGCCCUUCACCGCAGAAUGUCACUGGAUCCCGGGUAUCAUCACGAAGGCCCUCAGCCGCCCCCAGCCGCGUGGGUACCCCUCCCAUGAGCCACUAUGAAUCAGAGGGGGCCAGCAUGGCCCUGCCAGAGGAGGAGACGCUGUUACUUGGGCAUGACGGCGAAACCUCAGCUGUUGGUGGGAAGAGGUUGGGGAUGCCAGGCACACCUGGAGGUCAGGAUCUUGCAGCAGCCCUGCAGAGACUCAGUUCCCAGCAGGACUCGCACUCUCCCGACAGUCUGUAUGAGGAGAGGGAGCUCAAACUACGUAGAGAUGGAGAUAUCUCAAGUGGAUUCCUUACACCCAACGAGAGCAUCCUGUCUACAGGCACCAACUACUCUGGCAUUUCCGAGGCUAGCGGCAGCUCCAGCUUCUCCCUGAGUUCCCGGACUCACUUGCCAGAGAAACUGCAAAUUGUCAAACCACUGGAGGGUUCAGCUACCCUUUUGCACUGGCAGCAACUGGCUAAACCCAACCUGGGAGGUAUCCUGGACCCCCGGCCUGGUGUCCUUACCAAAGACUUCCAUGAACUUGACAUUGACGUGGAAGAUGUCUACAACCUCAAUGACUUUGAGGAGGAUGACCUGGAACCUAUCUCCUUCCAAGCUUUGGCCUCCUCAACACCUGUUAAAAGAAAAGAGAAGCCCAACAUGUUCUCUUCCGUUAACAACCUUCCCCAGACCCAGUCUACCUACACCAUAACCACAUGUCGCAUGUCACACCCACUCCAAGACAUUACGAUGGUUACCUCCAGUCUUCAUAACACAGUUCUUCCCUCUUGUGGAAGCUUUGAGAGCCUAAGUUCAGUCAGCCUGGAACCCCAAAGGCAUCCUCAAACAAAUCUGGAUCCUUCUAACCAAGAUCAGCCCAGCUCUGGACGCAACACUCCUUUGGGACUUGUCACCCUGCUAAAGGAACACGGUAUAUCUGGUGCAGGAAGUAAAAACCCUGGGCCUGGUGAGGAAGGAGCACCGGUUCCUGAUGCUAGGCCGGGCCUCUUUGAAUUGGGGUGGAGUAGGACUUUCAGGGGCUUAGGUUUUGGAAGGGCUCUUGUGGACAAUAAUUCAGUCAAUGGACCCUCAGACUCUGUUCAGAACCAAAGAAGCAUCUUCAGCAUCAAUUUGGUGGAGCAGCUGAGAAGACUCGGCUUGAAUCAGGUGGUGGAAAGAGGUAUUGCAUCCUUCCAGAAGGACACAAAAACUACUACGCCCCAGCCGUAGAGCUUACGGUCUAAAUCUAGCAGCAAAGACAAUUACGGAACGAGCUUUUGAUUCUGUACCAAGGUGCCCUCAUGUCUAAUGGAACAAGUCCACUGUCCAGCAGUGCUUAAUUAGCCAUUUUACUGUUCAAGAUGACUCCAAAAGUCAUAAAAGAAGCCAUCUUUAGUAAAACUAAUACCACCACCUAGUGUUAAUUCAUUGCAGCUGAAUCCGUGGUGCUGUUGAAAAACCAGAAAUCGCAUCUUUUCUAUGAUUCCGGGGGUCCUUCUGCAUUUGUUCCUGCCAGCCACCGAACAUGCAUGGAUUUAAAGAAAAAAAUUUAGCUGUUCCUCUGCUGGCAGAAAAUCUCAAUGUUCUAUAUUUUUAUACAGCUCUCUUUAUUCAUAACGCAUGUAUAUGCCUUUUAUCAAAUCAACUGAUAUUUUACACAGAUAUAUGUACAUGUGUGUUUUUAUAGACAUUUGCACUCUGUUUUAAGGAUAAAUUUAGCAAUUGCCUGCAAA